AUGUCUAACGCAUCAUCAUCAGGAACAGGAACCGUUCGUCGUGAGCCAGGUGAUUGGCCUUGUCAACAAUGUAACGAAAUUAACUUUAAAUCACGGACUGCUUGCCGUCGUUGCUCGACUCCACGAAAUCAAUCCACAUCAAGCAAUCCUACCGCUACUGCUGCAACUAGUACUACUCCUCAAACUAUUUCUAAACCAAGCGAUUGGGCAUGUCAAUUUUGUAAGGUUAAUAAUUUUGCUGCUCGCACAGCAUGUUUUAAAUGUAAUCGAUCAAAGCAAGAUUCCACGAGUUCAAUUACUCCAUCAUCGACAACAACCAAACAAGGCGAUUGGGCAUGUCAUUUUUGUAACAUUAAUAAUUUUGCUUCUCGCACAGCAUGUUUUAAAUGUAAUCGACCAAAACAAAAUUCCACGAGUUCAACUACUCUAUCAUCGUCGGCAACAACUAAACAAGGUGAUUGGAAAUGUCCAUCUUGUUCUGAUAUGAAUUUUGGUUCGCGUAUUGUAUGUCGUGCUUGUGGUACAGCUCGACCAUCACCUGAAAGUAAUAACAAUACAAACGAAUGUGUUAUUUGUAUGGAAAAGCCUAUUGAUUCAGUAAUAACAAAAUGUGGUCAUUCAGCUGUAUGUCUUGAAUGUGGGGCUCAUAUAGCUCAAUGUCCUAUCUGUCGUAAUACUUUUACUCAAGAAGAAAUUAUUAAACUUUAUAAUGUUCAUUAA